AUGGAUUAUUCAACUAUUUCGGUCCAUUCUUUAGCCCUAUUCAACAUCAAUACAGCAAUUAGCAACAAUGCUUCAGUGGGGGUUCUUUUGGGUGUGCCUGGGUCCGACUCUGUUUGUGUUCAUACUGCCUUUGAGUUGCUUGCUUCUAAUGGCACCAUAGAUAUGGAUUUCUACAAUCAAAGAUUACAACAACAUCUAACUGUUCUACCGAAGCUUGAGAAGGUGGGGAUAUAUCAUAUUUUAGAUAAGUCAACACCAACCAUCCUCACUGAACAACUUUGUCAAGAAUUCAAUUCAUCCGUAUGUUUGGUGGUGAAUUUGAAUCUGGUAUCAGAUAAAACCUUCAUUAAAGGUUACCAUAAUGGAAAACCUUUGAACACUAUCGUCGAGUCCGAUGAAACAGAGAAUAUCUCCUUGUCUACAAUCAUAAGAAAUAGCCAAUAUCAUUUAUCUAAUCAUCGAUCGGAUGAAUUAGACCAAGUUGACUUGAACCAGAGCAAGAAUAAUAUUCUUAAUUCAAUCGAACAAAUGUCAAUAAAAGUACAAGGGAUUGUCGAUUACUGCAAUAGUGAAAGACCAGGUUUAGAAGUUUCUAAGAUGAUUGAAAUCAAUAACUUGAUAGGGCAGUUGUCUCGGCAUGUUAGUUAUUUGAGACUGACCAACCACAAAGAACCAGAGUUCAAUGAUAAAUUGGCUAGCACCGAAUUGGCUUUAUUGUCCACUAAGCUAGUGUCUUUGGACAGAUUAAAAAGUCAACUCAACAGCAAUACUGCUAAUAUAUGUAUGAAGAGUAAGAGGAUGGUUUAA